GGGACUCACUCGGACUCAGGAAAGGAUACGAUCUGGUUUUGUCUUCUUCCACUCGCUGCCCUGGUGUCUCUGUCAGCCAGAAUGUCCCAUUUUGUGCUGUUUCACUGGAUGAUGAUACAGAUCUUUAUAGCACACACGGUGUCCGACCCCGUUGUCAGAGGGACAGAGGGACAGCCUGUGACACUGCCCUGCUCCUACCGCGUGACGCGGCGCAAGGGCAUCUCCGACAUGUGCUGGGGCCGGGGCCCCUGCCCCAAUUCAAAGUGCACUAACAAAAUCCUGCACACCAGCGGCGCCAAGGUGGCGUUCAGAGCAUCCCAGAGGUACAGCCUGCGCGGGUACGUUUCCUUCGGAGACGUGUCGCUGACCAUUGGGGCGGCCAGGGCGGAGGACGCGGGCGUGUACUGCUGCCGGGUGGAGAUCCCCGGCCUCUUCAACGACAUCAAACGGAACAUUCGCCUGGAGGUGGCCAGAGCACCUCCAGUGACCACAACCACAACGACCACCACCACCACCACCACCACCACCACCACCACCACAGAAGCUCCUAUUUUCUCCAAACAUUUUGCAGAAACAACUUCUGCUCCUCAGGCAAUCUCUGAUCUCCAGCCAACACCAGAGACUACAGUCCUGCUGACAACCAGCACCCCUCCACCAGCAACCACAGCCCCCAAGUCUCCAGCAGCAACUACAGGGGAGACCUCUGCUCCCCCAACAAUUGCUGGGACAGAAAAUUAUAUUUUUCCUUUGACUGUGGUGGAAACGAGUGCUCUCCCAGAUUUUCCAACCACUUCCCAAGGAACUGAUGUGACGACUGAAGAUGACAUGUUCUGCUCCACGCUCCCUGGAAGCACAGAGGUGCCUACUGAAUUCCCAGGUACACUUCCAAGUGCAGAGGAAACCACCACCUCUGUCCUAAUGGAAGAGAUGUCAGUCAGGGAGGUUUCAGCAAAUUCAGAUGGCAGUGCUGGGAAAUAUGAAGAUAGAGGAAAUAAGGUAAAACUUCCUUUUCCCAGAUCUGCCAUUCUCAUUGCCUGUGUCCUAGUGGGGUCCAUCCUUUUCUUACUGAUGGUCUCGUUGGUUUGGAAACGUAAACAGACAAAGAAGUUUAUAGUAAAAAGUGUUGGACCACCAGAAGAGAAUGACAAAGUUUUCAGUGGUGCUGAAGGAGAAAACAACAUUUUUUCCCUGUGAAGAGCUCCUACAUCACCUGCAGAUGCCAUGGGAAAUAAAAAGGGCCUGUUCCAAGCUGCACUGAGAGACACUUGUGAGCCCUCGAAAUAUCAGCGGGUACAAAACAAAGGCCAAAGCUUCAACUAUGAAAAUUUAAAAUCUUUGUGCAAAUUUUCCCAUAUCACCCUUAAAACUCACUGCAUAAAGAAGCUUAUUUGAGAAGGGGCUUUAUGCAUUAUUCAUGGAUGCUUCUGGCAUCUGCCUUCUUACUAGCACUGUGUUGCACAAUUGAAUUUGUUUUUCUCCAUUUUUACUAAUGCUCUUCCUUGAAUACAACUUGUACUCCGAGGAACAGAAGAGAUCACAUGGAAGGCUGCCUAUCUUCAAAUUGCCAUAAAGAAAAGGAAUCAUAAAAUACAGAUUUUAAUGCUUUUAUGUAAUCAACAGAAAAAUUAAGCAACAAGAAUGCUGUGAGUUUAAAUCAAAAAUGCAGAUUACUUAAGGGUUAUCACUACAGCCUGUGAUUCAGCAUGUUUGAAUAACCCUUGGAGAAUAUGUUAAUAAACUCUGUAA